AUGGCUGACAGUUCCUCAAUCAACAAUGAAGUAGAGAAUAAUAUUCCCGAAAACACUCUGCCUCCAAAGCAAGAGCAAAAAGGUGUUAUGGUGAUUCUCAUUCAAUCCAAAUCACCUCUUUUUGACUCAAUGGGUCGAACUACUUUUGGUUGUCUCAAUCUGUCCAGAUGUAUAUCUGAGGCAGAGCGGGUUUGGAAUGACCUUGAUCUAUUUAGUACUUACAAAUGGAAGUCAACCGAGGAUGUCAAACACCAUCAACAAACAAUAGAAGAAGGAAGAAUUUUUCAGUUUCUUGCUAGCCUUAAUGAGUAUCUGGAUGAAGUCCGUAGAAGAAUUAUUGGAAGAGCAACCCUACCUUCACUAGGCGAAAUUUUUGCUGAGGUUAGAAGGGAGGAAACCCGCAGGAGCGUGAUGAUAGGAAAGGAAAAAGUUGAUCCAAAUCCUCCUAAGGCCAAUGCUUUGAUUGUGGAUGUUGUCGCCUUUAAGAGUUCAAAUCAGAGGAAAUCAUCUAACCUCUAG